GGAAAAAAAGAAGAUUUUAAAGUGGGGAACGGCGCAGUGUCUGUCCUUUCCCGGUAACCCCGGUGGUUUGCUUGAAUGGGGAAGAAGAACAACCCUUUCUUUUAUUUCUCUCCUUUAGGGCACUUUUCAACCUCCAACUCUCUCUCUCUCUCUCUCUAAACCCAUAUCGACAACCGUAUUUUUCUCACACUUUCUCACUGACCAAACAAACCCACCAACCCUAAUCCUCUCUCUCUCUCUCUCUCUCUAUCUCUCUCUCUCUCUCUCACUAUAUAUAUUUAUAUAUGUUUCUCCCUCUGCCACCAUUUCCGUACGUCUGUGGAUGAAACGAGCUAAGCGUGACUGAAAGAAAGUGGAACAAAAAAUAAAAGAAUUGGAAACUCAGGUGCACGAAAUCAGCACUCUUAACGGGAGUACCGGGAACACCGAACUUCCAAGAAAGAUGAGAUGAAAUUGCAGAUUGUGAUUCAAGAAGCUUUAGGACCACAGAUCUGUGAGUUCUGGGUUCUUAUCCAAAUUAUCUAAUUAAACGGAGUUUCUCAAUAACUAUUUAUAUAACAAAACAAAGCGGAACUGAGAGCUUAACACCUGUCAGACUCCAACCAAUCUUCAAAGGCUGAGGAGGCUGAGGCUCUGAGACGGAUUCAGGCUUUGCUUUUGAAAGGGGCGGUCUGCGACUGCAAAAAGCUUAAACAAGAGCUACUGCUAGCCUUCGCUGACUUGGAUCGUGAUAUAUCGGCAGCAAGUAGCAGAAGGAUAAGAGCAAGAAAAAACCUCAUAAGCCAGAAGGGUGGGUUUAAUUGUACGAGUUUUGUUGAGAAAGGCAUGAAAGUGGUAUGGAAGCGGAGGAGAUUCAGCAGGCACCAGCUUGUAAGUUCCCAAGAGUUGGAAACGGUAGAAACGACUCUAGCAAGAUAGGCUCAAAAGGGGGUUCUGAUCACUACCCAGAUGAUGAAGAAGAUGGAGAACUCAACAGGGCUUGCAAUGUUGUCCCAGGAAGCGAUGCCGGUGGGAAUGCUAAUCGACUUCGAGGAUGGAACCAUUCGCGCAUCAUUAGGGUUUCGCGUGCCUCGGGUGGUAAAGAUCGGCACAGCAAGGUCUGGACGUCCAAGGGCUUGAGAGACCGGAGGGUUAGGCUAUCGGUUAAUACGGCGAUUCAGUUCUAUGAUCUUCAAGAUCGGCUGGGUCACGAUCAGCCUAGCAAAGCUGUGGAGUGGCUAAUCAAGGCUGCGGCUGAUGCUAUUGCAGAGCUUCCUUCACUAAAUAGUUCUUUUCCUGAUACCCCGAAGCAGCUGAGCGAUGAGAAGCGGGCGAGUGGAGGUACGGAACAAGGGUUUGAUUCAGCUGAGGUUGAGUUAGAUGGGGACCCAAAUUUCCAGCAAAACCAAAGCCAGCACCUUUCUUUGUCCAAGUCCGCUUGUAGCAGCACCUCAGAGACGAGCAAGGGCUCCGGUUUGUCGCUCUCGCGGUCUGAAAUCCGGGUCAAGGCACGUGAGCGGGCCCGGGAAAGAGCAGCUAAAGAGAAAGAGAAGGAAAAUGACUCCCGUGUUGCUCAAAAUGUGAACCACAUUUCGCACAACGCUUCCUUUACUGAGCUUCUUACCGGUGGAAUUAGCAGUGUUAACAACAAUGGUACUAGUCCCACCGGAUCAACGCAUCAAAACCCUGGUGGUGAGUCUAAUUUGUUUCACAAGGUGGCGGCGAGGCAGUGGACUUGUUCGACCCCAAUGGACUAUUUCAACUCGGGCCUACUGGGGCCUUCGUCCAGAGCACAUCACUCAUCGGGGUUUUCGGGACAAAGCCACUUGGGAAAUUCCAUUCCUCAAGCAAUGACUAUGUCGGUUCCGACAUUCAAUAUAUCAGGGGAUAAUCAUUCAGAGCUGCAGCAUUUUCCUUUCGUUCCCGACCAUCUCAUCCCGGUGGCCGCUGCGACAUCGCAGCCCGGCAGUGGGCCGGUUGACUACAACCUCAACUUCAGCAUCUCAUCAUCCGGCCUUGCUGGUUACAACAGGGGGACCCUUCAGUCCAAUUCAUCGUCUUUCUUUCCUCACCUUCAGAGGUUUUCUCCUAUAGACGGACCAAAUGUACCCUUCUUCAUGGCUUCGACGGCUUCAGCGUCUCCACCCAUGGAGAAUCACCAUCACCACCAGUUCUCACCUGGAUUCGACGGCCGCUUGCAGCUCUACUACGGCGACGGUAGCCGGCAUUCAGAUCAGAAGGGUAAAGGAAAAAACUGAUCAGUUCCUGUCAGAACAACUUUCCUUCUGGCGCCUUCUUCCUGGGAAAUGAUUCGAAGGAAAAGUAGCGGGCAAGACAUGGGGUGCGUGCAGGCCUGGACGUGAGUGAAAGCACGCCUUCCGUGCAUCGUUCGAUACCUUAUUGUUAUGCUUGUGAAAUUGUUUGCAUGUCUGUUUAAUCAGUUUCAAGUCAUUCGGCUUGCCCGGGAUAUAUAUUUAUUUAGUCCUUCAAGGCAUUGUGUGUUUUGAUCCAUAACUUACAAUUCAAUUGAAGUUAUUCAUUUUACUUUGCAAUUGCCUGUGCUGUGUAAUUUUGGUUGAGCAAAACAGCUUUUUGAUGAAUCUGUGAGCAAAAUAACACCGGUUUCUGUAAGUGUUGUCAUGACACUUUCAUUUGAAA